UCAUGCAUAUCCAUACUUAAAAUUACAAAAGAUCCCUUUUUAUAGCACUCUACUCUAUGCCCUUCAAAACAACCAAAUUUUGAAGAGAAACGACAACAUGAGUGAUCAAUCUACUAAGAUAAACUCCGUGGCCGAGAAGCCACCGCCGCUGGUGGCAAGGGUAGCUCCGCCACCCCCUCUCACCUGCCCACAGCCCCAGAUCAUGCCGGAGCUACAACAGCAGCAGGCCAUCACACCUCAGGGGAAAACUCCUAAAACCCCAAACUCGAAGACACCGAGGACUCCGAGGUUGUCCUCCCUCACGCCGAAGUUCAUAACUCCGCUUUCUAGCCCCGUCCGCAAGGCCCUUCGCCUCACCAAGUUCGACCCCCAGGACGCGUGGCUGCCGAUCACCGAGUCAAGGAAUGGGAACAAGUACUAUGCGGCAUUCCAUACCCUCUGCUCGGGGAUUGGGAUUCAGGCUCUCGUGCUCCCUGUGGCUUUCACUGUGCUCGGCUGGACAUGGGGAGUAAUUGGAUUGACGCUGGCGUUCAUAUGGCAGCUCUACACGCUAUGGUUACUGAUCCAACUUCACGAGUCCGUGGAAACCGGGAUGCGCUAUAGCCGAUACAUGCAGCUAUUCUCUGCCGCCUUCAAUGAGAAGCUGGGAAAGAUAUUCGCGUUGUUCCCGAUCAUGUACCUCUCAGGUGGCACAUGCGUCGCGCUCAUCAUCAUCGGGGGAUCCACCUCGAAGCUCUUCUACCAGAUCGUAUGCGGGACUGCCUGCGCCAUGAAAUCACAGCCUCUGACCACGGUGGAGUGGUACCUUGUGUUCACCUGUGCGGCAGUUUUACUGUCUCAGCUGCCCAACCUGAACUCGAUAGCCGGCGUCUCGCUCAUCGGAGCCAUCACAGCUGUUGGGUACUGUACCUCCAUAUGGGUCAUAUCCGUUGACAAGGGCAGGCUACCCCAUGUCUCGUACGAUCCCAUCGGCGAGGGCUCCUCACGCAUUAAGCGUGUGAACGAUGUGCUCAACGCACUCGGUAUUAUUUCAUUCGCUUUCAGAGGCCACAACCUCGUCCUUGAAAUCCAGGGAACAAUGCCAUCAAGUGAAAAGCUUCCUUCGCACGUGCCGAUGUGGAAAGGAGUGAUGGUCUCUUACACGCUCAUUGCUAUGUGCUUAUUUCCCCUUGCAAUUGGUGGCUAUUGGGCCUAUGGCCACAUGAUACCGGCAAAUGGGGGGAUGCUGACUGCAUUGUACCAGUUCCAUUAUCGGGACGUGUCGAGGGCCAUCCUCGGGUUGACGAGCAUGUUCGUGAUCGUCAAUGCAGUGAGCUCAUUCCAGAUCUACGGCAUGCCCAUGUUCGACGACAUGGAGUCCAAGUACACGAAACGGAUGAACAAGGCCUGCCCCUGGUGGCUCCGGGCGAUCUUUCGGGCCAUGUUCGGGUUCGGCUGCUUCUUCGUGGCAGUUGCCAUCCCGUUCCUGGGCAGCCUGGCAGGCCUGAUCGGAGGUGUCGCACUUCCCGUGACCCUGGCAUAUCCGUGCUUCAUGUGGAUCAGGCUCAAGAAGCCGAAGAAGUAUAGCCCGAUGUGGUGGCUCAACUGGGGGCUGGGGACUUUGGGCAUGGUGUUGAGCUUCUUCCUCAUUGCGGCCGGUGUUUAUGUUGUGAUCGACACCGGCAUCGAAGUCAGCUUCUUCAAGCCCCACUGAAAGGAGACGCGAAUUAGUAAUAGUAAUUACUUGGUUCGCUUCCAUUUCUACUCUAGCAAUGAACAAAUAUUACAUUCCGUCAUGCUGAAUUUAUGUCAGAUCAGAUCAAUCGUGCCAUGUUGAAUUAGUACUAAAUCAAUGAAGUCAUGUCGUAUUCGUAAUGUAUGCGAAUUGUAUAUUCAUCA